GGCGGUUGUUAAGGUUUCCGCCGCCAUAUUGGGAUGCCAUAGAAGUUUGACUAACGUGUUUGUUAUGAUGUUAUACCGUUUUGUCGAUUUAACUUCUUUUUGAAUGAUUUAUAAGACGUUAAUUUAAAUAUUUCUUUUCGAUAUUGUAAAGCUGUAAGUUUGCUUUGCAAUAUUUUUUAGAAAGAGUCCGAAUAAUAGGCAAUGAAUUCGGUGAAGUUUCUGUUAAAAUACUCGAUUGAAGUUUACGAAAGUUAUAAUGGCACGACUCAUGGUGUCGAAGAGCAUUUAGAAAGGUGUCUAGUGAAGAAUAAGGUUAAUAACGAGGAGACCAAAGUGUUCAUUUCUGAGGUUUUCUCCGGAUGUGUGAGAUAUCAAAGCGUCAUUAAGGUUGUAAUUGAUGCAUAUUACGCCAGGGAUGGUAAAAAUUGCCUCCGUUCAGAUAAAAGUCUUUAUUCUGUGUUGUGUUAUCUCGUUCUGUUUCGAUUGGAUGAGCUAGGAGUUGGUUACUUGUGGAAGCUGGUCGGUUGUCAAGAUGCCAGUAAAAUGCACAAUUUCUUUAAAUUUUUUCUGAAUAAAGGAAACAUCAAUACAUGGAUGGCAGAUGAGUGGUGUAGACAUUAUGAUCAUAGCUUUGUGGAGAAAAGUUUAGUUUCAACGUUACUUAGCUGGUUGCCUGAACUACAAGAGAUUGUCUUGCUGCGAUUAGAAAACAAAAUUUCCUCGCGACGUGUGCCCGAACGGAUUAGAAAACCAAAUACAGCCAUACAACCUUUCAAGUUGACUCAACCACGACCACGGAGUAUUCCCAUACCUGAUAAGAUACCGAAAUUGAAGCCUUCAAAGCCUGUUCCCCAGAGUACAUACACAAUUCCUGCCGUUGCCUCAAGAUUGCAAGAAGAGAGGUCAAAAAAUAAGAAAAAGGCUGAGAUAAACUUGCUCAAUGCAAAUGCCUCACAGUUUCAAUGCGCAAAUCCAGAGAAGUCGGACAAAACGAUGAGGAAAAUGUACGAAAUCCAGGCGGAGAAAGACUCCAAGUUAAAGUUUGCAUCUGCAAAAGCGAACCCUGCUCCAUCAUACAUACGAGAGAACAUUCCUAUCAAACUGAACGCUGCCGCCAUCAUGAGGGAAGGCGAAUUGUAUGAAAAACGCGAACAAGAGGAAAUAAAAAGACUCCUUGAACUGGAAAAAGGUGGCAAAGAUGCAUCGGAGUUUUACAGGUGGCAGGAAGAUAUAAAGAAGAAAGAUAUGGAUGAAAUGCUUGCGGAGAUCGAGCGCAGAAGAUUGGAAGGAAUGUUAAGUUACGAAGAGGCCAUAAUGGCAAGACAAAAUUUGAUCAAGGAAAACAAAAUUAAAGUAGAUGAGAUCAAAGAGGAGACCCAGAAAAUGAUCAAAGAGUAUUUGGAAAACAAAUUCAAUGAAGAACAAGAAAUGAGACGGUUGGUGGAAGAAACGAUGCAAGGUCAUCAGAACGCCAAGGAAGCCAGAAAACGUCUCCAGUUAUACAAACAGAAACUAGUUCAGGAAGUGAAUAAAGAGACUCGAGAGAUUAUGAAGAAAGUUUUGGAAGAGGCGGAAGAAGAAAUGCGCCAGAAAGUUUUAUUAAUCGCCAAAAUAAGGGCAAUUGAGAGUGUUCCUGUCUUACGAUUCAAGUACGUUGACCUUACCGAAACAUCAGGUGCGGGUCUUUUGAAUGAGAUGUCAAUUGCUGAGUUGAGAGAAAGAUUGAUUUUAUUAAAAACUGCCGAGAAGAAAGAGUUGGAUAAGAAACGCGACGACAUCUUAAAGUCUAAAGUGGAAAAAGAUGAAAUGUUGAUGCAAACCUUGGAGAAGAUAUCGAAAGGCAGAGAGGAACAGGAGAAUCUUACACGUCAAAGAUUUGAAGAAAAGACGAAAGCCUCAAAACAAAAAGCAUACAACUCACAGGUGGAAGAUUUGAGGCAAAAGUUAGAGGAGAGAAGGGCAGAGCGUGAAUCAACAAACCGUCAGUCGUCAACCUCAAAUAAACGACGCACAAUUCGGCAGCAAGAAAAAUUACGAAAUGAAAAGGCGCAGUUAGAGGAAAUAAAAUGGACCGGCUUAGAAGACCGGCACGAAAGAACCGCAAGGCUUCACUCGAAAGGAUUACUGUUCCAUUGAUAACAAUAACAUGAAGUUUAUGCAGCAAAAACAGUUCUUGAUAACCAACCAGUUCGAGCUCCAAAUGGUUUUGUGGUUAUGAAGGAAAUCAUUUUCCCAAGCAAUGGUGGAGAACCUCCUAACAGUUAAAGUCUGUGUAACGUAUAUUUCCUUUUUGCUGAUGGUUGAACGAGGAUAGUCUUUAUAUCAAUGGUGUUUAUGUUGUAUCAAAUCUGCUUUAAAAACAUACAGUGACUGCGAGAGAACUGUGUUUCUCGGAACCACACCAUUAUUGAGGUAGUUGUUGUGCAGCGCGAAACAAGUUGCAUUACAGUCGUGUAAUUUAUAUCUUAACAGUUUUGUAGCUAGCCUUGAUAAUUGGGGGAGCUAGCCUCGAUGAUUGGGGAUUUCAUGUAUGUAUAUUUGCAGAAAGCAAUUGAUUUUAAGAAAAUUUGAUACGGCAGAGCAUGAAUAUAUAAAUAUCCCCCCCUGCACACGCAAGUGAAUUUUGAGUAAUGAAUGUUUUCAUUUUGCUUGUUUGAA